AUGAGCCUCCGCGUAGUUUCCUCCGUUUUCUCCGGAAUCAAUCGCAUCCCUAAUCUCCACGAGACCCAUCAUCUUCUUCGCUCUAUCUUCUUCAUCAAACCGGCGUAUCUCGGUCGUAUACGGCGGCCGAUUCUAUACUCAUCUUACGGUGACCAGAGUAGAGACAGUGUCGGUACCGCCGCCGAUGUUUCGUCCUCGUCUCUUCUCGAUGAUGAGCUUCUAUGUAGCGUAUCCGCCGUGAGGGAUGCGGAUGAAGCGCUUGUUAUCAUUUCUGAUCGAUUCGGAUCCAAUCGUGGAGGAAUCGUUGAAAUUGGAGACUGUCGUUCGAUAAUCUCCGCUGCUUUGAGUCGUGGCAAUGUUGAGCUUGCCUUGUCGAUUUUCUAUGCAAUGCGAUCGAGUUUCGAUUUAGGUGGGAGUGAAAUUGAUCGAUGGAUAUGGUCAAGGCCUGAUGUUGAGGUUUACACGAUGUUGGUUAAUGGUCUUGCUGCUUCCUUGAGGGUUUCUGAUUCUCUAAAGAUCAUCAGAGAUAUUUGCCGUGUCGGAAUUUCUCCUGCUGAGGAGGUUCCCUUUGGUAAAAUUGUGAGAUGUCCGAGCUGUUUGAUUGCCAUUGCUGUUGCACAACCCCAGCAUGGAGUUCAGAUUGUCUCAUGCGCUAAUUGCCGUUACCAAUACGAGCUUUUCUCUGGUGACAUAAUCAGCAUAGAAUCAGAAGAGCUUGGCAAGGAGAUUCCUCUGUGGGAAAAAGGGCUCAGACUAAUCCAGAUAAAGAAGAACAAAGUCAUCUCUUCAGUGCACUCUAUUGUGGUACAAACUCCUUCCGGUACAGCACGAACGCACCGGUUUGCCACUGAGACCGUCGAGCUCCCUGCGCAAGAAGGAGAAAGAGUGACAGUUGCAUCUGCUGCGCCUCCUAACGUUUACAGACAAGUAGGACCGUUCAAAUUUACCCCUAAAUCUCCAAAUCUCUACCCUGGAGAACCUAUGAGCCUCACAAGGCACAAGGACGGACGAGAAUCGGUUUUGUUCAGACCUCCUAGUAAAGACGGAGAUAAAAUCUUGCAACCCUCGUUUCUAAUUCCCCUUCUUGCUGUUUUGGCUACUGGAGAUGCUGCUUCUGGUAUCAUUGAUCCCGGUUUGCCUCAGUUACUCUCAGUUGCUGCUGUUACAUCACUGGCAAUCGGAGCAACCUUUAAUUCUUUUGUCCUUCCUCAGCUAAAUCAGCUCCCUGAACGGACAGUGGAUGUGGUUGGUAUCAAACAGCAACUUUUAUCUCAGUAUGAUGUGCUACAGCGUCGCAUUGGAGAUCUUAAAGAAGCAACCGAGAAAGAGGUGUGGAUGUUGGCUCGAAUGUGCCAGCUCGAGAACAAAAUUUUGGCCGUGGGAGAGCCAGCUUACCGUACUAGAAGAACAAGAGUAAAGAAGGUACGAGAAGCUCUGGAGAACUCCAUAAAAGGAAGGAUUGAGCUGAUCGAUAGCUAUGCUAGAAUAUCUUCAAUGAUUGAGAUAGAGGUGGAAAUGGACAGUGAUGUUCUUGCAGCUGAGGCAGUGAACAAUACUGAAAACAUUGCUCAACAGAUAGAGCAGAUCAUGGAACUCGAAAACCUUGAAGAGAAAUGGAAGUUACAGGCUGAAGCAAACGACGAGGCCGAGAGACUACUCAGCUCCCAACCUUAA